CAGACAGCGAUCCGACGAGACGUCGGCGUAGAAUUAAGAGAAAAUUCAGAGAUCUCAAAGGCAAGGAAAAGAGAGGGAAGGAAGGCAGGAACGAGGGCCUCGUCGACUCAAUUCGAUCGAGGUCGAUCGGGAGAGCGCAGACAGUGAAGUCCAUCGGGAAUUCGAUUUUACUGCAGCUAGAAUUAGAAGGCAGGAACGAGGACCUCGUCAAUUCAAUACGAUCGAGGUCGAUCGGGAGAGCGCAGACAGUGAAAUUCAUCGGGAAUUCGACGUUCCUGCAGCUGGAAUUAGCGCAGGUCGGAGCGAGAACUUUGUCGGCGAGGAUUGUUAAGAAGUAGCGCAGUGAGUGCGUCGUGGUCCCGGAGCUGAAUCUUCGUGGAGGCGAUGGCGGGAGUGCGAAGCCACGAUCAGAAGGGCAGACUGGUGCCAUACACUCCGUCGAACGGGGGGGCAUCUGUUAACGGGCGCACCUUGAACACCGGCAACGACGGCGCCGGCAACAAUCCUUACACGGCCUACGACGGGAAGAAGGCCACCGGCCUGGCGACACACGAUGGCGCCGGGACAGGGACGGGCAAUUUCCACGGGCCCUCAGCGCCGGCCGGCGAUUACCGACCCGGGUCAGGCCAUUUUGGGGGAGCCACGAGAGCAGCCGACGUGGGCACUGCUCGGCACCAGGAGCCCGCGCCCGCGCCCGCGCCCGCGCGAGGCUACCCGGCGAUCGACCACCACGGAGGAGGAGGAGGAGGAGGAGCGUACGUCGCCGGACCCGUGCCCGUGCCCGUGAGCAGCUGGCAUGGAUCUGCGCCGGCCGGAGCGCAGCAGAACGGCGGGUUCACGACCAACGGACCGGCGGGGGCGCUGGAGAAUGGCGCCGGGGGGAAGGCUUUCGGCGGCGGGGGAGCAGGAGGAUACGGGCCGGCUGUCCCCUAUGGCUAUGGCGGCCAGAACGAGAGCGUGAGUGGAUCGGAGAAGCAUCACCACCACUACUACCACUACAACAACAACAACCAUCACCACCCCGUCCCCUACAACAACAACUCCGUUCUGCCUGAGGAGCAGAAGCGCAGAAGGAGAGGCGCCGGUGCUCUGGCCGCUGCCUUGAUCGCCUGCUGGGCCUGCACCUGUUGCUGCCACGUUCCUUGUGGCUGCUAGACUCCUCUCCUUCGUCAUACUCUGCUCUGAGAUGUCUCCCCCUCUUCGGACAUCCAUCGGUCUCAGAAUGUUUUCUAUCAUAUCUUCCACAUCGCCCUCGAGGCGAACGAUCGUGAGCUGACAGCUGAAUCAUCUGCAGAGUCGAGAAAAUUCUCCCUGCCUCCGAGAAGGAGAGCAAGACGAUCGAUUCGUCGAGCUAUAAGGCCGCACAAAAUGAGAGCAGAGUCAGUUUUCCAUUUGGAGAAGAUACAGUCGCCGGGUUGAGGAGAGUCAUUCCAUGUUUCAUUUUAUUCGUACGAGUGUACACGGUAGGCAGAUUAAAAGUUUGUGUAUAGUGCAGACAUGCGAGGAUUAGUAAUUUUGAUACUUUGUGAGACUGAGGUUAGUGUAUAAUAGACAAUUUUAGGGUAGUGCACGUCCAGCCCUCUUGGGAAGGAAGAAUAGCUGUUACAAUCCUGAGAGACAUGAAGUAAUGUCAGGUGUCCAUGCAGGUGUGAUAUAUAUUGAUGAAUUAGUCGUAGGAUAAAAUGUAGCGAUUUGUGAUCAUGAAGAUUGAGGUUAAAAAAUGAGGAAAUAAAUUCAUUUU